UGGCUUAUAUAUAUCUCUCUAUUUAUUGUUACAUUACACGGCAAAAAAAAAAAAAAAAAACACAGACUUUCUCUUUCUCUGUUUCUCAAGAAAGAAGAAUAAGAAGAAGAAGCUCUGUGGCUAUGGCUGCCGAAGUUAGCUCUAUGCAUAGAGUUUUAAGUGGGUACAAGGAUGAUCUAACGGUAGGAAAUGAAUCUAGUGGAGCAAAAUCAACGGCUUUGAUCACUAUGGACUUGCUGGGAGGUGGUGGCUCCGCCUUGAUCAAUAUAAAAAAUGAUCAUUCCCAAGAACUGGACCUGAACCUUCAAGUCCCUAACGGAUGGGAAAAGUGUCUUGACUUGAAGUCGGGCAAGUUCUACUUGCAAAGAUGCAAUUCAUCAAAUUCUUCAUCGUCAUCGGAUGGAACUAAGCACCAAAUUAAUCAAACAGUGCCAAAGCUUCAAGAUUUAAAUUUCCCGCCAUCGCCUUCUAAACCUUUGCUAAACCUUUUUGAUGAGGGCAACGUAGAAUUGAAAUUAGUCUCAUCAUCCUCAAGCAACUACCAGAGUGUGUGCACCCUCGACAAAGUAAAAUCUGCGCUCGAAAGGGCUGAGAAAGAGCCGAUUAAGAAGCGAUCAUCAUUCUGGAAAUCAUCCUUAUCGCCUUCAUAUUCAUCGUCAUCAUCUUCAGUCAAAGAUUCGCAAGAGGGUGAAGGUGAAGAUCAGAAGUUGUUUGCAUCACCGGUUGCAGCAGGUUGCCCUAGAUGCUUAUCCUAUGUGUUGAUAAUGAAACAUAAACCUAAAUGCCCUAGAUGCAAUACUGUUGUUCCAAUGCCCGCUGCUAAGAAGCCUCGCAUUGAUCUCAAUAUAUCGAUUUGAAGGACCGGCCGGACAACAUCAACUUGUUCUAGCUUUAAUAUCCAAUGCUUAUAGUUUUGUAAAUGUUAGAUUAAUUAAGGAUUAAAUAUAGAAAUAUUACCAAAAUUUGAGUAUAUGUAUAUUGGAAAGGAUGGUGAAGACCAAAAAGAAACAAAAAAACGUUUGGUGUUGGUGGUUGUUAUUGGCAAAUCUGAUAGAAAUUUUUAUCCCUUUCUUUGAUUCCAGAUUUCUUCUAUGUUUUAUAUCCAUUGUUAAUACAAGU